GGAAUGAUCGUUGAUUGACAACGUUCAAUCCUGAUAUGAGAAAAAUACCAUAUUGACAAACAACACACCAUAUAUACAUAUAACAUAUAUCACUAUGUCUUCCUCUCAUUUUCCCAAGAAGAUUAUACUCAAAGGAACUCCAAAAGAGAUAGGAUUUGAACAUGGCAAUAUUCUAUCUUCCGAGAUCAAAGAUCAGAUGAGGAUAUAUGAGGCAAUGUUUCAAUCUACCUCCUCGUUGACAUGGCCCGAAGUCCACGAGAUUGCCAAGGACUUUCAGGUCACAAUCCAAAAGCUAACACCUGAUAUCUAUGAUGAAAUGGUGGGUAUUGCCGAGGGUGCAGGUGUUGAUAUUUUGGAUAUCGUAGCACUUAAUUGUAGGAGUGAAAUCGCUUUGGGGAAAUUUACCGAUGGGUGUACUAGUUUAGGUUGGAAGAUGCAGGGUAAAGAGGUAGAAGAAAAGAUGGUGUUGGCACAAAAUUGGGACUGGACGGAGAAUGUUAAAAAGAAUUUGGCGAUGGUGGAAAUAGAAGGAAAGGGGAAAGGAAAAAUUUGGAUGGUGACUGAGGCAGGAAUAGUGGGUAAAAUUGGCUUCAAUUCUUCUGGUGUUGGCGUAUGUCUCAACGCCAUUAGAGCUCGUCCAACACAUACUCAUAAGCUUCCGAUUCAUGUUGCACUCCGUAUUUGUUUGGAAAGUGAUAGCGUGGAAAAAGCUAUAGCAUCAAUUGAGGAAUUAGGUGGUGUGGCUUCGAGUCAACACAUCCUCAUAGCCGAUCCCAGAAAAACUUUGAGUAUGGAGCUUUCACCUGUAGGAAAUUGUUUCUUGGAGCCAUGUGAUGAUGGUUUUGUGGCACAUACAAAUCAUUUCAUCAAAAAUGACUUGGUGAGCGAGCCAUUUUGGCUCAAGGGGAGUCCGGUGAGACUUGAUAGGGCCAACUUUCUGGUCAGUGGAUUAGUCAAAGAUAUGAAAAGUGGCCUGCAGAUUAGUGAUGGAAUCGGAAAACUUUUGAGGGAAAGAUUGUUCUCGGAUACUUUUAAUGCACCGCAAGCGAUUUGUUGCCAAGAAGAUCCAGAUCGUCCGAAGGAGACAAGGAACAGUACGCUGUUCAACAUUGUAAUGAGCCUGGAGCCUGGUAACUCGAAGGCUGAAGUUUUAUUCGGGAAGCCUGGAAUGACUGAUGGAGAGGUGCUGAAAAUGCCAUGGAUUUGAGAAAAGUCCGACUUUGAUUUUGAAUUGAUGUUUCUCGACAAUUUAGGAGAGUUAGCCGGCCUGCAGUCUGAACUAUUGCAGGCCUCAAGCCACUUUAGAAUGAUUUUAUUUGGAAUUUG